GCGCCGAGUCGGGGCCCAGUCCGGGAGCUGCGGACCGCGGCCUUUCCUCAGCGCCGCCCCACGCAGCACUCUGGCCUCUUCGUCGGACUCGGAGCCCGGUGGAGCGUCUCCGCCGCCGCCGCCGCCCAGGAAGAAGCAGCGAGUGUCCGCCAGCGGGCCCGGGCCCCGCCGCCGCCGCACCGUCAUCGCCAUGCAGCAGGCGGCCUCCGGCUCGGCCUCAGCCCCGGCCCCGGCCCCCAGUACCAACGGGGCCCAGCCCGGCUCCCCGCCCGCUGCCAACGGCCAGCUGCCGCACCUAGCCCUCGGCCUGCAGCCCGAGUGCCCGGCCGGACCCGACUCCCACGGCGCCGCCGCAGGCCGCAAGAAGAAGCGGCUGUCCCGGGCGGACGAGGACGUGAUCCGGCUGAUCGGGCAGCACCUGCGGGGCCUCGGAUUCAACCAGACAGUGGAACAGCUGAUGCAGGAGACGGGCUGCAGCUUGGAGCAUCCGUCAGCCACCAAGUUCCGCAACCACGUCACCGAAGGAGACUGGGAGAAGGCCGAAGCUGACCUUACCGAGCUCAAGUCCUUGGUGCACUUGCCCCAGGCUAUUGUGCGCAUGAAGUUCCUGCUGCUGGAGCAGAAGUACCUGGAGUUCCUGGACGACGGCAAGGUGCUGGAAGCCUUGCAGGUGCUGCGCUUCGAGCUGACGCCAUUGAAGUACAACACGGAACGGAUACACGCUCUGAGCGGGUACCUGAUGUGCAGUGACGCGAAUGACCUCCGAGCCAAGGCGGAGUGGGAGGGCAAGGGCAGUGCUUCACGAACCAAACUCCUGGACAAGCUUCACACAUACCUCCCGCCCUCUGUGAUGCUGCCCCCCCGCCGCCUACAGACGCUACUCAGGCAGGCCGUGGAGCUACAGAGGGACCGCUGUCUCUACCACAACACCAAAGCCGACACCAACUUGGACUCCGUCUCGCUGCUGAUGGACCACGCCUGCAGCAGUGCUGUGUUCUGCUCCCACAGGAAGCAGUUUCCUUGCUAUACCCGCCAGAUCCUGACUGAGCACUGCAACGAGGUGUGGUUCUGCAAGUUCUCCAACGACAGCACAAAGCUGGCAACGGGAUCCAAAGACAACGCCGUCAUCAUCUGGCAGGUGGACCCAGCCACGCACCAGCUGAAAUUACUCAAGACUUUAGAAGGCCACACAUACGGGGUGUCGUACCUGGUGUGGAGUCCAGAUGACACUUACUUGAUCGCCUGUGGCCCCGAUGAUUGUUCCGAACUCUGGCUGUGGCACGUGCAGACGGGAGAGCUGAGGACCAAGAUGAGUCAGUCGCACGAAGAUAGCCUGACGUGCGCGGCCUGGAAUCCCGACGGCAAGCGGUUUGUCACCGGAGGGCAGCGAGGGCAGUUCUACCAGUGUGACCUGGACGGCAACGUGCUGGACUCGUGGGAGGGCGUGCGCGUGCAGUGUCUGUGGUGCCUCAACGACGGCAAGACCAUUCUGGCAUCUGACACCCACCAGCGGAUACGGGGCUACAACUUCGAGGAGCUCACCGACCGCAACAUUGUGCAGGAAGACCACCCUAUCAUGUCGUUCACCGUCUCCAGAAACGGCCGGCUGGCCUUGCUCAACGUCGCCACUCAGGGGGUUCAUCUCUGGGAUCUACAGGAUCGAGUUUUACUGCAGAAGUACCAGGGCGUCACCCAAGGUUUUUAUACCAUUCACUCCUGCCUCGGCGGCACGAGUGAGGAUUUCAUAGCCAGUGGCAGUGAAGACCACAAAGUCUACAUCUGGCACCGAAAGAGUGAGCUUCCAGUAGCUGAGCUGACGGGCCACACACGUACGGUCAACUGUGUGAGCUGGAACCCGCAGAUCCCCUCCAUGCUGGCAAGCGCCUCUGACGAUGGAACCGUUCGGAUAUGGGGACCCGCACCCAGCCUCGACAGCGAGGAUCCAGAAGGGUGCAGCAGCAGCAGUGUGGCAGACAGCUGACAGCUGGCGACACCAUCCCGGUAACAUCCUCGCCACGGAGCUCGGGUACCCGGCGCCUGCUCGAUUGGGAGGCUCUCCAUCCGGCUGCCAGACAAAGAUAGCAGCAGCGUCUGCCCCUGCCCCCUCUCUCCCUCCCCACCCUCCCACCUCCCACCCUCUGAUGCCAGCUCAGGCACGCCCAGCCUCCAGGAUGCCAGCGUUGGGGCCCGGUCGGCGCUGGCGGUUUACCAGCACGCUGGCGUUGACCCGCAAAUCACUCACGUACCCGGAUGGUGCUAUCAAGGCGGGGCCAGCUCCGUUUCUUCGUGCCCAAGACCACAGCAGAGGCACGGCUGUGCUGUCCCGCCGUGGGAGGGGAGGGGGAGACUCGCCAAUCCUGGCCUGCAAAGGAAACCAGACAGGAUUGGUCAGCGUUUUCAUUUUGUUUGUCCUCUUCCCCUCUCCCCACCUGAGAGACUGGAAUUAUUUUAAACACAAAGAUAAAGGAAACAUCACAGUGCCCUCUGGAUUGUCCUGGUGCCUGUCCUGUCCAGGAUCUGAGGGGUAGUGGGCAAAGUGUGGAGCACCUCCGCUGGGUGGGCUGUGGGUGCGCCGAGAUGAGCAAGUCGAACAAACAACACGUUAGUUGCCCAUACUCGGACCAAUGCGUCCUUCCUCUUUCCGCCUACACUCACCCCACCAGCUCGUGAUCCUUGUCCAAUGCCAGCCCAGGCCUGGGGCUGAUCCAGGGGUGGGAGAGGGGGUUAGUGAGGGACUUUUAAACCCUCCUGUCUGUAUGCCAUCUGUGAUUCCACUGUCUCGUGCGUAGACCCCCUGGCGAGUGAGAUAUCCAGUACCCUUCACUCAGCCCACCAUUUUUCACCCGAGGAAUGCUGUAAACUCCUCCUCCUUCCCCUGGUCCCUGGUCCCUGGUCCCCAAGACCUGGGAGGACUUCUGUCCCUUUCGCUGUUCUCUCCCGGACAUCUGUUGGGGGGGUGGGGUGGUGGGGCUUCGCUGGUGCCUGUAUUAUCUGCUUCCACUGAUGCAGGACCCCAACUCCCCUCCUGCUGGUGCACAAGAGACCCCAGUCUUUCCCUCCCUGCCUAUCCUGUCGCGAGGAGGGACCGAUAUCCUGUGGCGGGCAAAGUUUGGGCCCAGAGGAGUGGGCCAGUAUCUACAUCAGACCCCUCCCCAGCGUGUCAAGGCAUGGGCAGCCAUGGGUCAGAGAGUGGUGGUCAGGGAACCUAGGGCCAAGGAGAGCAGCGGUGAUGUUCGCCAGGAACGCACAGCCAGAUUUGUGCCCUGUCUGGUUCGACCUUUGGGCAGGAUUCCCCUCAGUGAGUGUCGUGUAGUUGUGUGGGUGAGACAGACAUUGGCAACCACAUUCACGGUUACUGUUCUGUGACUCUCCUCUGACCGGGGUCACAAUCACUUAACUGUGUCUGUCCGGCACUGACUGGGGUCACUGUCACUGGUCCGGGACCCUCCGGCACCGACCGGCGUCACUGUCACCGGUCCGGGACCCUCCGGCACCGACCGGGGUCACUGUCACCGGUCCGGGACCCUCCGGCACCGACCGGGGUCACUGUCACCGGUCCGGGACCCUCCGGCACUCACCGGGGUCACUGGUCCGGUCCGGGACCCUCCGGCACCGACCGGGGUCACUGUCACCGGUCCAGGAACCUCCGGCACCGACCGGGGUCACUGUCACUGGUCCGGGACCCUCCGGCACCGACCGGGGUCACUGUCACCGGUCCAGGAACCUCCGGCACCGACCGGGGUCACUGUCACUGGUCCGGGACCCUCCGGCACCGACCGGGGUCACUGUCACCGGUCCGGGACCCUCCGGCACCGACCGGGGUCACUGUCACCGGUCCGGGACCCUCCGGCACCGACCGGGGUCACUGUCACUGGCCUGGGACCCUCCGGCACCGACCGGGGUCACUGUCACUGGCCUGGAACCCUCCGGCACCGACCGGCGUCACUGUCACCAGUCCGGGACCCUCCGGCACCGACCGGGGUCACUGUCACUGGCCUGGAACCCUCCGGCACCGACCGGGGUCACUGUCACCAGUCCGGGACCCUCCGGCACCGACCGGGGUCACUGUCACUGGUCCGGGACCCUCCGGCACCGACCGGGGUCACUGUCACCGGUCCGGGACCCUCCGGCACUCACCGGGGUCACUGUCACUGGCCUGGGACCCUCCAGCACCGACCGGGGUCACUGUCACCGGUCCGGGACCCUCCGGCACUCACCGGGGUCACUGGUCCGGUCCGGGACCCUCCGGCACCGACCGGGGUCACUGUCACUGGUCCGGGACCCUCCGGCACCGACCGGGGUCACUGUCACCGGUCCGGGACCCUCCGGCACUCACCGGGGUCACUGGUCCGGUCCGGGACCCUCCGGCACCGACCGGGGUCACUGUCACUGGCCUGGGACCCUCCGGCACCGACCGGGGUCACUGUCACUGGUCCGGGACCCUCCGGCACCGACCGGGGUCACUGUCACUGGCCUGGGACCCUCCGGCACCGACCGGGGUCACUGUCACCGGUCCGGGACCCUCCGGCACCGACCGGGGUCACUGUCACUGGUCCGGGACCCUCCGGCACCGACCGGGGUCACUGUCACUGGCCUGGGACCCUCCAGCACCGACCGGGGUCACUGUCAUUGGAUUCUUGCUUCCUUUUCAAGAGAAACACUUGACGGUGAUUCUGUUCACUCUGAUCCUGUGGGCUCUGCUGCCUUGGAGAUGGUAGGAAGUGUGGGAGUGGGUGGACAGUAGGGAGGGAGGGAGGGAUC